AUCCAGCCAGUUUGCUGACCAAUUCGUACCUUGUUUUCCUACGUGCCUAUAUAAGAGGUGACGUGAUGUGAUCAAUUCAGUAUCGGAAGAUCUUGUCAACAACUGCACAAUGAAAACUAUCGUCCUGCUUUGUACGCUCGCCGCAGCAGCGUAUGCCGCGCCAGCUGAUACCUACAAUGCACAGUACGACAACUUUAAUGCUCAAGAGCUCGUAGAAAACUCUAGAUUACUCAAGAACUAUGGACGUUGCUUCCUAAGCAAGGGUCCUUGCACAGCGGAGGGAUCAGAUUUCAAAAAAACAAUUCCGGAGGCCUUGAGGACAAGCUGCGCGAAAUGCACUCCUAAACAAAGGGAGCUUGUUAGAACUGUAGUUCACGGAUUCCAGACCAAGUUGCCAGAGAUCUGGACGGAGCUGGUCCAACAAGAGGACCCUAAGGGAAAGUACAAAGAGGCUUUCAAUCGCUUCCUUCAGUCGUCGGAUUAAACCAAAUACCACCAGACCAUUGAUAGCUAAAAUGUGAUAAUUUUUAUGCAAAUAUCACUGAUGUACCUUGAUUUAAUUUAAUAACGAAUUAAUUUUAAUUAUUUACAAAAUUAAAUAUAUUAAAUUGUUUUAUAA